GGAAGCGGAAGUGUGUGCAGUCGGGCCCGUUCGCAGGCCGGAGGCCUAAGCAUGGUGCGCAGCGGGGAAGCUGGCGGCGGAGGCGAGGACCGGCGGGGCGGGAAGCGGAAAGCUUCGGCCGAGGCCCCUCGGGAGGCCCCCGAGGAUGGGGCGACGGAGAACGAGGCCCCGGAGCAGCCCCAGCCGCGGCCCGCGGCCUUCCCGCCGGGUUUCAGCAUCUCGGAGAUCAAGAACAAGCAGCGGCGCCACUUCAUGUUCGUGCGCUGGAAGCAGCAGCAGCGAAAGGAAAAAUUGGCAGCUAAGAAAAAACUUAAAAAAGAGAGAGAGGCACUUGGAGAUAAGGCACCACCAAAACCAGUGCCCAAGACCAUCGAAAACCAGAGAGUUUAUGAUGAGACGAUAGUCGACCCUAAUGAUGAAGAGGUUGCUUAUGAUGAAGCUACAGAUGAAUUUGCUUCUCAUUUCAACAGACAGACUUCUCCCAAGAUCCUUAUUACCACAUCAGACAGACCUCGUGGGAGAACAGUGAGGUUCUGCGAACAGCUGUCCACCGUUAUACCAAACUCACAUGUUUAUUACCGAAGAGGACUAGCUCUAAAAAGAAUUAUCCCCCAGUGUAUCUCUCGAGAUUUCACAGAUCUGAUUGUUAUCAAUGAAGAUCGUAAAAUACCAAAUGGACUUGUUUUAAGUCAUUUGCCUCAUGGUCCAACUGCUCAUUUUAGAAUGAGCAGUGUUCGCCUCCGCAAAGAGAUAAAGAGGAAAGGGAAAGAACCCACCCAACAUUCACCUGAAGUAAUUCUGAAUAAUUUUACAACAAGACUGGGUCAUUCCAUUGGACGUAUGUUUGCUUCUCUCUUCCCCCAUGAUCCUCAGUUUAUUGGAAGGCAAGUUGCAACAUUUCAUAAUCAGCGGGAUUACAUCUUUUUCAGAUUUCACAGAUAUCUUUUUAAGAGCGAAAAGAAAGUGGGAAUUCAAGAACUUGGACCGCGUUUUACCUUAAAAUUGAGAUCUCUUCAAAAAGGAACCUUUGAUUCUAAAUAUGGAGAAUAUGAAUGGGUUCACAAGCCCCGUGAAAUGGACACAAGUAGAAGGAAAUUUCAUUUAUGAAGUAUUGAGAAAGCAGAAUUGGACAUCACCUGUUUUGAAGUGUUAUUUUUGACUGAAGAGACUUCGUCUGAAGACAGAUUCACUUUUUAGCCAUAUGUAUAUAUAUUUGUCAGUGAAAUUCCUUUCAUUGAUUAUUCUUUGAAUUUGUCAGCUCUGUGUAGUAAUAAUAAACGAAUGUUGGAGUAUGUUCUUUAAUGUA